AUGGAUCCUCCCGAGAUAAAUCUAGGUCGUCAUGACAAGUUUGGUCCUCACCAUCCCUCGACGAUGUCCGAUGAUGAUUUACGUACUCUCCGCGUUGACUUCCAAAUUCCUGAUGGGAUUGAGUUGGUUAGACCCGAGACCAACGAAUCUCCAGAAUCGGAGAAGCCAGGGUUCUGUUGCGCAUACGAAGUGUAUUUUAGGGAGUGCGGACUCCAUUUCCCCCUUCCUGAAGCGUUAGCUCUCUUUACGCAGCAACUUGGCUUAGCGAUUUCUCAACUUUGUCCUAACUUCGUUAGGGGAGUAAUGGGACUCCAAACCUUGGUCGAAGAAUUCGGGUUCCCUUUAGACCUUCCGAUCCUCUCACGGAUAUUCACGGUCAAGGCGAGCCCGAGUCCUAGGGGCUACUUUUACUUAUCCAUAAAAAAGUCGUAUGGACUUCUUUCUGGCCGUCCACCGAAAGAUGAGCAUUGGAAGAAACGUUAUUUUUCUUUUCCAUUAAUGAGCUCUCUUUCGGUGCUUUAG